AACUGGGCGGGCAACAGGUUGCCUUUCAGAGACACUUUCAGUUUAGUCGACGAACGACAACGAUACGAACACGAAUCAUUUGUUGUAGUUUCCGCGUGAAAAUUACAGAAAAGAUUCCAAACGAAAGCAAAAUCAGCAUAUAGUGCGAAAUGGUGUCCGUGGAGACCGUCGGUUCUAUUUUCAUCAAGGCCCUGAAGCUGAUCAUCAACCUGGUGAUCAUCUUCCUGUACCGGUGGGGCGAUGGCGGAGAAUUCCUGGGCAUUGGCGGCACUUGGAAUUUGAACGAGGAGAAGAGCGCCGAUGCGGAAAUCGUGGCCUCGGGCGUUAUGGUUGGAUUUUUGAUUUACACUGGAUGCCACACGAUUGCCUACGCCUUUGGAACCACCAAACACAAGGGAGAGCUCUGUGACACCAUCAUGAACGUGGUUGGCUGCAUCAUGUGGAUCGCCGUGGGCGGAGUGGCCCUGCACUACUGGAAGGGUUACAUGUCCGACGAGGGAUUCCUGUAUGUGAACUCGGAGCGCCAGGUGGGCAUUGCCAUGGGAUCGCUGUGCGUCAUCGAGGGCGCACUGUAUCUGCUGGAUACCGUUCUGGCCUGCAUACACUAUUCGAAGGGCGACACCGACUACACGCAGUAAAAGUAACGCAGUGAAGAAACGGGGAAAUCAAUCGCAAUCGCCCAAUGAACACAUCCACAUUUGUCUUUAUACUUAGAUCGAUUUAAGUUCAAAUUAGUUUUUAUAAAAUGACGUUCGCAAGGGUCAAUUGUCGCUCUACUAUACACUAACUGUUUAAUUUUUUCAACCAAUAUUCACAUCCCAAUUUUGGCAAAUACAAAUAGUUAAGACCAUGCCACGGA